AGCAUUUCAGUGUACAGAUACAAGCACGGAGGUGAUGGAGAGGUCUUUGACCUGAAAUGAAGAUAUUGCCAAACAUCUUGUAAUUUUGAUGGACAAUGUAAUUUUGAGGACAAUGUUGAGUUUCAGCGUGCAUAUGUGGAUGUUAUGGUUGCUUUAUACAGGCACUUUCUCUGAUGAGAACAUCAACGGAUGUGAACAACAGCUAUGCCAUAAUGGUGGUCUAUGUGAGAGCCGCAGUGGAGGUUUCAGAUGCCUUUGCUCCCAACACAGCCAAAAUGGGCGACUAUAUGGGGGAGAGAACUGCACAACUGCACUUGCAGGCUGUGAUGAUAACCAAUGUGAGAAUAGAGGAAUAUGUUCUCCCUUACUUGUUAAUGAUCAGCACACUUAUACAUGCACCUGCCUUGCUGGCUUCACCGGCCCUAAAUGUCAGACCCCCACCGUCUUCUCAUUUGAGUCCAGAGGCUACAAGUACAUAGAGACUCGGCUUCUCGACCCAGAGGCUCCUCUUAAUGUGACAUUCAGCUUCAGGACAGCAAGACCGGUCGGCACCCUCUUGCAGCGCAGAGUAGACGACCUGCUCCUCAGCAUUGAGCUCAUGGACGGACAUCUCUGCCUCCGCAGCCUGAGAGGUCAAGGCUCCAGCACGCUGGUUCAGGAGCUGCCCGAGUACUUGUCCAACAACAAGUGGCACACGGCGGAAGCAUCACUGGGCGGCGUGGUCAGCCUCAUCAGGCUGCUCUGCAGUGAAGGAAGCUGCACCAGAGACUACAGCGCUGAAAUCCAGCUGCUUGAGCAAGUCUCUGCUCUCCCCGAGCCAGAAACAGUUCGUCAAAGCCUCUUCAUAGGAGCAGUCGGGGCAAUCUGGGGUUCGGGCCGAGCAGGGGAUGAAGCAGACUACCCGUCUGCUUUUCUGGGCUGCUUUAGAGAUGUGCUUGUGGACUCACGUCUGGUGUUGCCUGCUAUAGUGCCAGAAGAUUCAGAUGCCCAGGAAAACAUCACUGUGGGAUGCAGCGACAAAGACAAGUGCGAUGACAGACCAUGUCAGAACCGAGGGCACUGUGUGAGCCAGGGCUGGAGGAGCUACAUGUGUGAGUGCCAAAGGCCAUAUGAGGGAAACAACUGUGCAGAGGAGUACAUCACAGCAAGAUUUGGAAACAAAGACCUGGGGAGUUAUGCUUUCUUCUCUUUGGACAAUGACCCAGGUGAUACUGUGACUAUAUCCAUGUUCAUUCGCACCAGACAGUCCAGCGGCCUGCUCCUCAUCCUGGCCAACAGCACCAGCCAGUACCUUCGCCUGUGGAUGGAAGAGGGCAGGGUCAAAGUUCAGGUCAAUAACUUUGAGACCCUUGUUGGUCAGGGUACGGUCAGUGACGGCCAUUUCCAUCUGGUGACUGUGAAGCUGGAUGGAAUGGCAGCCAUGUUGAUCCAGUCAGCCCAGAGCCAGGGCUCUAUGCCCAUUAGGCCCAUCCAGGUCCAUCCUGAGGAUCUGGUUUAUGUUGGGGGGCUACCAGACUCAAGGGCCUCUGCCUCGUUUGGUGGCUACUUUAAGGGAUGUGUCCAGGAUCUGAGGAUUAACAGCAAAAGACUGCAGUUCUUUCCCAUUGCAACUCCAGUGGAAUCAUACAGCCUGGAGCAACUCAUCAAUGUUUCACAAGGAUGCAUCAGUGACAAUGCCUGUGCUGUCAACCCCUGUCUCAACGGGGGAGUGUGUUACUCCAUAUGGGAUGAUUUCAUCUGUAACUGCCCCCCCAACACUGCAGGGCAGCGCUGUGAGGAGGUGAAAUGGUGUGAGCUGUCUCCCUGCCCCGCCUCUGCUGUUUGUCAACCCCGCUCUCAGGGCUUUGAGUGUUUGUCUAACGUGACAUUUCGGGUUGAAAGCAGCAUUUUGCACUACCGGAGCAAUGGGAAGAUUAAGCACAGCCUCUGCAGUGUCUCCCUCAGCUUCCGCACAAGACAGUCCGCUGCCACCUUACUGCAUGCACAAAAGGACUCAGACUACCUCACCGUCUCCCUCCUGGACUCCCAUGUGGUCAUGGAGCUCCAGGCUGGGGCUGACAAGGAUUUUCUCAAGGUGACAGUUCAAAGCCAGGGUCCAAUCAGUGAUGGAGAGUGGCACACUGUGGAGCUCAGCAUGGAGAGCCAGAUACUCCCGACCUCCAGGUGGGUCAUGGCUGUGGAUGGAGGCAAGACAGAGCUAAGCGUGUCCAAAACAGCUACGGGUGACCUUGAUUUUCUUAGGGAGGAAGCAGACAUUUUCCUGGGGGGACUGAGCCUGGACGCAAGAUUUUUGAACCUAAACCUCCCUUUUUUACCCAGACCUCAGGAGGAGCAGUUUACGAGGAUAAACGGCAAGGAUGCGCUGCAAUACGGCUGCUGGGGAGCCAGUGUGUGUGAACCCAACCCUUGUAAUAACCAGGGUGUGUGUGAGGACCGGUUUGACCUGCACCACUGCACAUGUCGCUCUGAUUGGACGGGGCCACUAUGUCAAGACCCAACAGACGCCUGCAUCUCCAACCCCUGCAUCUACGGCAACUGCAUCAACCUAUCUGGGGGGUUCAUGUGUGUGUGUGAGCUGGGGUACAGUGGCAUACAGUGUGAGCUGGAAGUUGAUACGUGUGAAAACAGCAAUUGCAGCAAAGGUGCCACGUGCCUCAAAGGUUUUACUAGCUACGCAUGCCUCUGCCCUAAGGAUCUGACGGGCCAAUACUGCGAGGAGACAAUUCCUGAAAUCCCAUGGUACAUUGAAAACAAUCCACUUCCUCAGUUGCCUGUAUCUACAUGCGUGGGUACAAGAUGGAACUACAGCUGCUUUAAUGGAGGGAAUUGCUCUGAAGAAGAUAACACCUGUUACUGCCUGCCUGGUUUCACAGGACAGUGGUGUGAGAAGGAUGUGGAUGAAUGUGCCUCUUACCCGUGUAUGUACGGAGGCUUCUGUAUAAACUACGUGAACAGUUUUGAGUGUGUUUGCGAUAUAAAUUACACAGGGAAACACUGCCAAAUUGACGUCAGCGACUUCUACUUGUACCUUUUCUUGGGCGUGUGGCAGAACCUCUUCCAGCUGCUGUCCUACCUUUUGAUACGCCUUGACGAUGAGCCAGAAAUUGAGUGGGGAUUCUACGACGAUUAGGCCCCUGACUGUCUAUUAUGAUCAAACCGGACUACACUUAGUCUAGGUAGAGGGUCACGCUGGAAUACAUUUGAGCAAAUUUAGUAGCCUACCCAUAAGUUACAUAAUGUGUUAUCAGAAACCUGCACACAGCACAUCAGCUGGUGGUCUGUGAUGCUUUACACAAAAGGGAGGAGAGAGACACUACAUCGGUUGGUGAAUGCAGCUUUCUCUGUUCUAUACCUUAAUAUGAGUCCAAAUGUUGGAACCAUUUUAUUGUUUUGUAUUUAAUGAAGUUACACCGAUGAAAGUUUUUUCUGAUCUCAACACUACAGAGUGAGCUCACAAGAAAAGACAGGAAACAAUUGCAAUAUUUGUUAAAACUGUAUUUUAUUAUAUCUAGUGUACUGACAAGGUCAGUAAUAGAAAUGUAUAUUGUGAACAGAUGCAUUUGGUAAUAUUACAUGUUGCUCCAUAUUAUAUUAAAGUAUAUUUAUACAUUUGAUGAAAACCACACAGUUUGUCUUGUGCCUUACAUUUCCACUUUUUAUCUGGAGCAUUGCUUUCUAAUCAGUGUAUGUUUUAUAACUGUUCAGGGACACACUCAAAUACAGCCAUAAUCUACUGGAUGAAUUAAAUACCUGUCUAUAGCUAGGAAGUUGUGUAUUUACAAAUGUGUAUGUACCCCAAUAUAAAUGACAAAUGCUAUUCUGCAUGCAGUGCAUACAGAACCUGAUCAGUCCAGUGAAAAAAUAAAAUAAACUUUAUGAAAUGUU